UUACUUUUUCAAAAUAAUCUAAUUAGUUGAGGCGAGAUAGGUUUGUCUGGGGUUUGGCUCAUUUAUCGUUAGGACACAUUUCAAUUUGACAUACAUUUUUGGGCUAGUCAACAGUACUUUUUUGGCUAUGUUAUGUAUUUGAUCUAAAGAAAGAAGAUAUAGCCUUUCCUAUCUUCAUCAUCUGGAGAGAAGCUCUUCCUGAAACUCGGAAUGAAACAUUAAAGUUAGCAACAAUGUCAAUGUGGACCUGCCUUCUUCUAUUUGGAGUUUCUAUUUCGAUGGCAAAGGUUAACAGAUCCAAGGUUGAUCCUCUCAUUCAACUGGACAUGGCUCCUAACUCUGUUGAUGAUAUGUAUGAACGCUGUGAAGACAAGAUGGUGAAUAAAGUAAAGAAUGAGUGUCUGGUAAAAGAGAAAAAAAUUAACAGAAAUUUUUCACUAGCUUGGUCUGAAGCAGAGAAACAGUACAACAAGAAGUGGAAGCCUAAACCUGGAAAGAAUCCUCGCAGAACCUUGGAGAAAGAACAGAACAUGGCCAUCUAUGCUUAUACUCUGGAAACACCGAGACUAUAUGCUGAAUUCAAUGAUGCUGUUCGAGCUCAAAGAGAUCAGUAUCAAAACAAAUUUCAAUAUCACUCACUGCACUUUUUCCUCACAGACGCUCUGAAACGUCUUAACUCUCGCAAACCUAAGAAAGAAAGAUGCCUUAUUGGUUACCGGAGAGUCAACAGAAAAUUCAACCUUAACAUUCUCAGCAAGGAAAUUCGUUUUGGGGCUUUCACCUCCAGCUCAAUGGGGAAGUAUCCAAUGAAUGAAAAAUUUGGCUAUGAAACAUGCUUUGUGAUUCGCACCUGUUUAGGAGCGGACAUCUCAAUAUAUUCCAAGUUUGGAGAAUCAGAAGGAGAAGUCUUGAUUCCUCCUUAUGAAAUAUUUACAGUUACAAGGAUAAAGCAGAGAUCUGAGGAUAAGAACCUUCCAUGUGAGGUUGUUUUGGAGCUAAAGAGUACAGAACAAUCUUUGUCAAAUUUGAACUGUGCAUUUUUUCCAGAAAAGUAGCCUGAACAAAUAAAAAUGCAAUUUCGCUGAAACGUAAAACUACAAAAAAAACCAGGGGCGGAGCUAGAUGGGGGGCCAGGGGUGGCCAUGGCUACCCUUACCCAAUCAUUGGCCACCCCUACUAUUUUUUUCCCUCUAAUGCAGACGGUGGCAGCAGUAAUACUCUGAAGGGCAACUACUUAACAGAUACGCUGUGGUUAAUUAGCACAUCAAUAUACUAACAUUAAAGAUGAUAAAUACAGAAUUUGUGCUCUUUUCAGAACUAAAUUUUGAAUUAUUUGGGGUAAAGAUAAAAUUCUCUGCCUCUGCAAGUCAUCUAGGAGUCUUCAGUGAAAUCAUAGAUAAAAAACUACUUUAA